UGCUCAAGGGCCGCAUCAACCGAGCACACGGUCUACGCCCGUUGCCCGGGCCAGUCAGCUUCUUUUCCGUGGCUCGGCCGCGUCUUCUUUUUUCUUCCUCCCUGGCAAGGCUUACGCGUCUCGUGCGGAAAGAUUUUGUUUCCAUGGCGAGCGGCCCGCGGAUCAGUGUGUACACGGUCGGGGGCAACUUGCUAUGGGGCCCACAGGCGGUGGCGCCUGGCUUCAGAGCAGCGGAGCUCAUGGAACGCCUGGACCGUCCCCUGGGGUCCCCGGGCAUGAGGACCGAGACGGCAAGAAGCUUGAGACAGCCGGAAAGCGUUCUUCGAACAGAAGGAUCGCUUCUGCCUUUGUCCCAGCAUGCUUCCGUUCAACCUAGUUUGGGGGGUGGGUAGCCUAGUGGGUGAAGAGCCCAGGCGGGUUGACCAGCGCAGAAGCCUUGCAGUGGGUGGGCUUCUGCUAAGCCUCGCUUCUUCUCCGUUUCGGCGGAGAAGGAGCAGGAUGGCCUUUGGAGACCAGCGCCUGGACCCGGAGAAGGACCUCUCCGAGCUGCCGGAUGGCGCGGAGGUCUUUGUGCACUUUGAGCAGGUCAAGGUUUUCGACCACAGCUUUGCAAGGGCCCUGAUCAGACUGGCAGAGAGGUCGGAGAUGGAGGAGGAUGAGGAAAAGGCGAGGCUGCUGGUGGAGGAGUUGUGGAAGAGUCACGAGAGCAAGAUCGUGAGGGAAGGCGUGAGCUUUACGACCAUGCAAGGGGACCCCCUCAUUGACAAGCUCAACACCUGGAUCGACGCGGUCCGCGACUCUAUGCCCGCCGACUACCACCCCGGGAGCGAGGGUGUUGUGCGGGACAUCGUCCACCCCUCCCUGUACCCCUACGUCAAGGGCGCCUCCGGUCACGGGGACUUGUCGGACGUGACUGCCCCGCACCUCACGGCUGAGCGGGGAAAAGGCGGCUACGCGGGCGGGAAAGGCGGCCACUCGCCGGUCACGGACUUCUGGGGACGACCCUACGAGGCGAGCGGCUACCAAUGGCUGCCCUCGGAGGUCUCGGUGGACGCCAGCGGCAAGUGCCGCUUCGAGACCUACAUUAACAACCUGCCCGCGGACCACAGCGAGCUCUACGAGGCUUUGGGGCAGCUGCUCUCCCGGUGUUUGCCGCAGCUGGAGGCCUCCUAUGCCUUUGCCAAGGUCGUGGAAGGUGUGGUGGACCCAGAUGAGGAGGAGGACCCGGAUGAGAGCGAUUGCAGCGCCGGCGACCCGAAGGCACUGGAGGCGGCGAGUUUGAAGGGCCGGAAGCUGCAGGUGAUUGUGAAGAUCGUGGACUAUCAGGUGGGCCCGGGACUUUGCCACGAGGGCGUGUGGCACGUGGAGGGCAUGAGCCAUGAGCAGAUCCUGGCCACUGCCGAGGUGGUGCUGCGCAGGGACGCGGCGCUGGAGGGUGGGGACUUGGAGUUCCGGCGCGGCUACAGCAGCAGCGAGGCCAGCUCCCUGACGCUGAACUUCCCACAGAUGCGCCCGGAGGGCUUCGAUGAGGUGGUGGAGCGGGGCCUGGUGCCUCUUGGGCGCCUCAGUUUGCCGGCGGGGCGCGUGGCCAGUUGGCCCAAUAGCCACGUCCACCGCCUCAGCGAGCUGCGGAACGCUGGGGAUGGGCCCUCCGCGCGGCGCAUCGCGGUGUUUUGGCUCGUGAACCCGGAGGUUCGGAUCAUCUCCACGCAGCACGUGUCGGAGCAGCAGCAGUUGCGGUCUCGGGACUGGGCGCUGCAGCACCGGCUGGCGCUCAUGGAGGAGCGGAAGUUCCACAAGCAGAGCUGGAACAUCCGGCGGGUGGGCUUGUGCGAGCACUGAGCGAUCGCUGUUGGGUUGAUUCGAUCUUUAGACUUCGGCUGGUUGAAAUCAAGGGUUUUUUUUCACCAGGGUUGUGGGAUCACUCGGG